AUGGGGUUGUCCUUCACCAAGCUUUUCAGCCGCUUGUUCGCGAAGAAGGAGAUGCGAAUCCUUAUGGUAGGUCUUGAUGCUGCUGGUAAGACCACCAUAUUGUACAAGCUCAAGUUGGGAGAGAUAGUGACGACCAUUCCUACAAUUGGAUUCAAUGUGGAGACAGUGGAAUAUAAGAACAUAAGCUUCACUGUCUGGGAUGUCGGUGGUCAAGACAAGAUCCGACCAUUGUGGAGGCAUUACUUUCAAAACACUCAAGGGCUGAUUUUUGUAGUUGAUAGUAAUGAUAGGGAUCGUGUUGUUGAGGCUAGGGAUGAGCUGCACAGGAUGCUAAAUGAGGAUGAACUGAGGGAUGCUGUACUCCUAGUUUUUGCAAACAAACAAGAUCUUCCAAAUGCUAUGAAUGCUGCUGAGAUAACUGACAAGCUUGGACUCCACUCUCUCCGUCAACGUCAUUGGCUUAAUAGAGACUUCAGGUGGCUUUUGCUAUCUGUAUCCUUGUUGAAGUGAAGAUUCCCUCUUUUCCCGAUUUCGGCAUUUGUUAUCCUUUGCUGUGAUCACAUUUUAUAACCAUUUCGUAGUUAAUCCUUUGAUGUGAUUACAUUUUAUAACCAUUUCGUAGUUAAGCUUGUGGU